AUCACUCCCUCCUCUACAUGAACUCCUCUCCAUUCUCGUUUGAAGUCUCUGGAAAAAGAGGGAGGGAAAAAAAAAAAGGUUUUUUUAAGGGGGGCGGGAUCUUGUGACUCACCAGCAACUUCCUCAGUAGUAGGACUAAUGUAGCCGGCAAGCUGCAUCAUUCUCCGGCACAGAGAUUUUGACUUCUGUCAGAAGAAACACACAAAGUUUUACAGCUGGAGGGCGACGCUCGUGAGCCGCCGGAGUAACCUAACAGCAAAGUGAUCCUGAGCGCGCGAGAGGGAGGCGGUGUGCCCACUGUUGUUGCUGAAGGUGUCCUCCUCCAGACUACAGACUAAACUCCUGGUAGGAAACCACUUUUUUUAAGGUCGAGCAAGACUUUUUUUUGACUUUCAAGUGUUUCUAUCUUCGACCUCUGUGCAGCUUCAAGAACAGUGUGGACGCUUUGAUAACAUUUUAAAGUCGAAAAAGUGUCAAAGUUGAUGUUAAUAUAGAUGUCAGACGCCAUCAUUUUAAAGGAAAAUGAAUGACAUAAUCAAUCAAUGAAGUCGAUAAGCUCUGAAAAGUCACCUACAACUACUUUCAUGUAUAGUUUGCAAAAGUAAUGUUGUUUUGUUAACUAAAAUUGGUUAAAAUCAACUUGUUUUAGAUGAUAGGUAGUUGAUAGGGCUGGAGUAAGUAGAGGAAUCAAUCAACUUAAGAUUUCAAUUCAGACUCCUUCAAUUUUAAGGAUUUAUUUACAAGCUGUCAAGUGGUUUGUUCUGUAUUUAACAAAAAGAAAAAAUAUAAACACAAUUUAUUAAUUUUUUAUCUUUAGACGACAAAGUAAUGCUCAAUAAUUUUAACUUAGUUAACAGAAUCUUGAUCAAAUGAAACAAUCUACAUUGUCUUCCAAACAGUCUAUAAAUUAAAUACAUUAUACAACACUUACUUUGACACACUUGAGCAAACUGAUCAAUGAGCUCAGGAGUCCUUAUAGACUCCUAAAACAGUUUAGCAAUCUUCAGUGUCACUUUUUUAUUAGCUAAAGCAGCGUUAGAGGACUUUAGGGGUUAGUUGCACAGUAAUGAUGAUCUGUAAAUAUAUAAUAAUUUUCAUUCAUUUAAGUUCAAAUAAGUGGAUGAAGAGCAUGACUAGGCUUGACAUUGCGACAUUUUGACAAGCUUUCAUAUUUCACACCUUAAUCAAACACGCCUCUUAAGGGGAAGCCUUACAAAUAAGGAACCACUUCCUGUGUAAAAAGGGGAUCCGGGCUUUUUGGGUCUGCCAGAGUGUGUUUUUUUCCUGCUAUCCUUGUUUAUCCUUGUAUUUCCUCUCAUUCCAACUCCAGUCUCACACCUGCUCUUAUUUCCUUUUUUAUACAAUGCACGCACACUCACACAAGAUAAGGCAAAAAUAAUAAACAGCAUCUCGCCAUGCUGUGGAGGAGCAGGCUGUAUUGAAUUGCGUGACCCACUGAACUGUGCGCAGGAAGGAUUAAGGAACAACUGUUGUGUCACAGAAGCUCCCAGCUGAGCGGUGUGUGAAGGCCUCAGAGAGCAGAGUCCCUCAGGCUAAACUUGACUCUUCUCCAGCAGCAGUAAGUGGGCAGCAUGUGUGUGUGUCUGGGAAGGGUGUGUCCGUUCUAGGUUUGUUUUGGGCGGAUAUCAUCAUGUCCCAGUAGUAGUUGUAGAAAUGUAGUCAUCCUUAUGACGUUUGUUUGCUGGUUCACCUGUUGCAUCAUCUUGGCGUUGUUAGAAAAGAGGCUUGGUUGUUGGGGGAAUUUUACAAAAGAUCUUACAUAAUUACUUCAGUCAGUUUUAGGAUAUCUUUUCAAACGUUUGCACCAAAAAAUACCAAAAUAACAAUAGUUUUUUCAAGACUUUAUUAUGCUUUGGAGUUGCAUCUUGGCAUAUGUACAGAUAAAAAUCAGAAAAAACUAAGAACAGACAACCUUGAAUUAGAUCUCAGAAUUAUAUGGUACCAACAUGCAUAAACUCACCUCCCUUAAGGUGAAAUCCGGCUGUUUAAAUGCUUCUUACUCAUCUGCGUUCAUAACUUUGUCUUUUUGUUUGAUGUACCAUUGUUUAAAGUGGUUUUGCUGCAGUUAUUUUCCUUGAAACAAGGCCAACAGGCGUAGGCAGACCAAACAAAAAGGUAAAGAUACUUCCUUAAAACCAAAACAAUGAGUUUGAAACACUUGGAUGAGACAAAGGGACGUCAGAGUUUAACAUUAACAGCUUGAUCCAUCGCUGACUGAGGAAAACAGACACUUAAAUCAAUCUACUGUGUAAUUAUUAUCAUGAUUGGGACACAUUUAAGUUGACCUUUUCAUCUUGAAGAAUUUGCUGUCUCACUUCUUCCUUUCCUGUUGAAUAAAACAGAAAUCACACCUGAAUUAAUGCUCUCAGGCACCCUGCUGUGCUUUCACAACUGACAGGUUAUUUUUACACCAACACUAACGUGCUGAAAUAAUCUCCUCACAGCCAAAAGCCAGUCAUCCUGUCCUAUUUAACAUCUGGGACGUAUGCCUUGACAAAACCCACGGGCUGUGUAUUGUAUUUGUUUGCUUUCUUCCUCUUCCUCUCUCCCUCUCUGUUUCAUUGACCAUGGUCACAUUCUUCGGAGGUCUCAGUGUUUUCCAAAGGUUAGCCCCGCGUGGUGGUUGGACCCCGGCCAGCUCUGAACUCGAAUGAGACUGCAAGUAAAUGACUUGGACUGGUUGAGGCUGGUUUUAUGGGUUGGCAUCGUUUGAAUUCGGGCCAACCAUAAUGAUGGAGAAUUGGCGGUCAAGUGUUUGCAGGUGGUUAGGGGGCAGGAUUUAGAUGUGACAUUUUGCAGCUGCCUGUCCCUUUAUGGUGUUUGAAAGGACCUGGACGCAGUUGGCAUUGUUUUUAUUACUCUGUGGCAUUCACUCAUCAGGUUCUUUAUGGGCUUAAUAUCUUACUGCUGAUCUUUUAACUUCAGAUUGUAGUCCUUUACAUGCUUGAUAAUGCUGAAUGGAUUUUUUUGCUCGAAAAAGUCACGCUUCCAGCUACUCUGAGCGUGCAUACCUCUAUUCUACCUCAUGUUCAUGCGAUUCCAACCAUAAUUUAACAAUGCAACCAGAUCCAGCUUUUAGCCGUUCAGGCUGAUUAAAACAACAUCACAUCUGUGUUACAUGUGAGACCAUAAAAGGAAAAUUCUGCUUUGGUGUUAACAGAACCUCUCUGGCACUGAUCUCUCAAGCAUUUUUGUGAUCUGUAUCAGUGAAAACCUGUGAAAUCAUGGGCUUUUGGCUUCAGAUUUUCUCACAGGUCAGACAUCCUUUUGAGUUUUUGGUCACUAAAUCUUUUCCUGUUAGCCAGCCGCCUCCUCUGUGUGGACUGUGUGGGCACGUGGCUGGCAGCAGUAGUCUGUCUGGACUCCCCCGAAAAGGGGGGAAAUGACCUCAGGUUUCCUGUGUGGGGAUGGCCAGGUGCGGUGGUGUUAUUGUGAGGAGUGCAAGACUUCCUCCAUGGAUGCUUUGUUGGUAAACGUCUGAAACUUGAUCCUCGAGACAGGGCCCCUGUGGGAGGUAAUAGACCCUCACUCACAUACACACACACACACACAGCCCAGUCACUCUGCCUCACUCCCUUUUUGUCUCUUCUCCCUCUCACUUUGCACACUUACUGCCACACAGCUCACUCCAUGUGGAAGUUUAUGUGCAGGGAACAUAAACUUUAUAUAGGCAGCAAAGCAGUGUAAAAAGUAACUGACUCUGUGCUAAUGGGGCAAUUACAUUCUUCAAGGGAUACAAUUACAGGCCUAUACCUAGCACUUACCUGCUACUCUCAAAGGAAGGGCUGUCUUCAGAGGAAAUACCUAAUUGUAAGCACAGAACUGGAGAUGCCUCAAAACUACCCACUCACUAGUUCAAUACAAACUAAUUAUACUCUAUGUUAUGAAAGAAUGGGGCUAUGCCUUGCCUCACUCCGCCUCUCACUUGACCUCAUCUGUCUGUUCUACUUUAUUCCCUCUUCAAAUCCGCAGUACUGACACUUCCUUAUCAGGGUUUUCCUUUGCAUGGAUAAACAGAUGUUGUUUGGGUGUAAGAAUCCUGUCCAUUCACUGCUGCAUCAUCACAAUCUGUCACAUUGUGAACUUGUCGGGGAGGCAUGUGAGUCAGCCGUGACUGUUUCCCUGCGCCCUCGCCUAAAGGGAGGAGGGCAAAGUCAUGCUCCAACAGAAGGGUUUGGCAUAUGCAAAUUCCCAGGAUUCAACGAGAGGAAUGUUAUGAUGCAAAAUGUGUGGCGGUUACCUCCAUCGUGUACCUGACUUGCCUCACUUCGCCCAUGGGAAUGGGAUCCUUGAUAAACUUGUCUGUGUUGUCUUGGUACUCACGCUUCUCUGCUGUGGGUGGUAAUCAUCUUUGUACCAUCGCAUAAGCACAUCCAUCCAGAAUUGCCCAAUGCGUUGGCACUUGUAACAGAUGUUAUCUAGAGAAAACAGAGCAAUGGGAUUAAGUGUAGCAAAAGUCCUUAAAAAAAGUGAGACAUCUGCGCAUACUUUUUGGGGGAAUAGUUGCACCAAGCAGCACAAGGCAGGAAGGAUUGAGAGGGAAGCACAGAUAUAAAGUCAGCAGACAAAUUGCAGUGGCUUUUACACAACUGGGUUUGUACUGUGUUUCAUGAAGUCCUAAAACUAAUGAUUAUGUUGUACUGUGGCUGAUGGAUAAAUCACAGGAUAACCUAUGGUUAAUGGAGGCACUUGAGGGGAAGAAACUUGGUUGAGGAGGUUGUCCAAUACACAAAGUAAUAACACGUUGUAUGACCUUGAUGGAUUUCUUCUUAUAAGGGGGAUGUCAAAGCAAAAAGCCAAAGCUCACACUUUGUACUGUACCACCACAUCUUCGUGUCUGGGAUCAGAGACUGAUCUUCCUCUGGGUCAUUUUUGUUAUUGAGGGAAUCACAGAUACACUAACCUGCUAUUACCACGGCUUCUGUCAGAGUUGGAUAAGCAUGAAAUUGCUGUAUGCUGUACUUGUCAUAGACUCCUGAAAGGAUAGCAGAAUCAUGGACCCUGAGAGAAACCCCUGUUUAACAACAUCAAAAUGGUUUAUGAAAUGGCUUUCCACUGUUUUCCACUGGACUAUAGGAACUUUUACUGAAUGUGUUUACAAUUAGUCUCAAAAGGUCUCUAGGAAAAUGUAGGACUUCUUUAAGCUGCGAGGACUUGAUCCAAUUGGUGGAGCACUCGCAGCUGUUUGCUACUAUGAACUUGUUGUGGCACCACACUUGACUUUUGAUAAUACUUUUGGGUAGUAGUCAGGGUUGGGUUUGAAUUUGACCAACUUGAGAUCUGAUCCUGGUUCCGCUUAUUGAGUCUUUGUUUUAAUUCCAUUAGUUUCAGUGAGGAACAAAAGGUUAUGUGAAGUCCCCCCUUUUCCUGCUUGGUCAUCUUGCCCCAUCACUAAAGUUUCUGGACUACAGGGUCUCUUUAUAAGUAUGGGGGUAGAUGUGUCACACUUUCUGCAGUCUGCAAAGAACCUCUUCUCACAACUUUGUUAACAUACUGUGUCACAUGUGACAUAAUCUAUUGCUGCCCCUCGUAGAUAAGUGAAACUUUCUAUGCACCGCGAAAGUCUCCUGAAAGGUUCAUGUUGCUGUUUGGUACCGAAAAACAGAACUGUAAUGCACGGGCCAUAAUAAAUUCGCAAAUCUCAGAUAGUUGAAACUGAAUUUCAUAUUCCAUAUCUAAAUAGCCAGGCCUUGUUUGUUGUUGCGGCUGUAACUUUUACCCCACAAGGUGUUGUGUGUUAGGUUUACCAAGAAAAAAGACAUACAUGUUACUCUCUAAUCCUUUGUUAAACAGAUGUGGCGUUUCACAGGUAAGCAUUAAUUUGAAUACUUCUGGAGGGGUCUUAAGAUCUAGGACGAGCAUACAACAAGAAGCCGGAGAAACUUCUUUGCAAACCUUUGGCCACUGAGUUGAGGACUGUUGCCUCAAUGGGUGGUCAAAGGGUAGUCCCAGAGAGGUUGUAUUUUCUAAAGUGGCAAUACCUUUAUCCAUCCCAUUGGGUCUUCUUGUAUACUGGCUUAAUCAGGUCAUAAUUUGAGACCACGAGGCACUUAGUCUUUAACCACUUAGUGAUACACAGCAGGGCUCAAACAAGGCAACGAUACCUGAGGCUGAAAGUGACACCUAAACCCUGAGAGAGUUGGCCGUUAACAAAGUAUUUCUCCGUAACAACAUGCAUGCAGGGCCCUGUUCUUAUAGCAGACGUUUUGGAGGGAUAAUUUAGCCUUGGCACCGUGCACACGUGUUGUUUGUUUCACGAUGCCACUCCCAUAUCCCACACAUUCACCCCCUGCUGCUGUGGGAGUUGUGUCUUUAUAUGGCUAGUAACUUCAGUUUGCGGCAAUGCCAAAUGCAUUAGUGUUGAUUGCUUCCCAAACACUUUACAGGGUUGGCUCCCACAUCUGCGAAGAUUGAACCCAGACCGUGACAUCAUUGGUAGGGAAGUGCAGUCAUGAGAGCGUGGGUGUUUAUGGCAAGGUGUCUGCCUUCAGCGUGUCCACGUUUUUAUUCAAAUGUGCGCCAACGAUCCCUGUGUUGCACAACAAUCUUAAAUCAGGAGGACCUGACUUGUUGAACUGCACUGAAAGCUGCUACAUGUUCAGAUUAGCUGCGUGUUAUCUUGUCACUGGUAGAUGCAGGAGUGUUUAUUUGGGGAGCAGCUGUGAGCGAGAGCAUUCCCCUCGCUGAAAGUAAACACUGUUAAAACGCCUGUUCUGCACGAUGAAACUAGCAAGCGAUCAAGAAUGUUCCUCCUUGCACAAGAGGUCUUACACCAUCUCUGUCUCAUCAUUGUUCUUUCUUUCUGAGUGUGUUUUUUCCCGCUAGUAUUUACAGGCAAAGGCACACACACACACUUUAUCUCACCCUCAAACUUUCAACUCUACGGUUCUGGUGGAGAGUCAACAGUGUCUGCAGAGGAGGCAGGCAGAGACAAGCCAGACUUGCUACAUACACGGAGGUGUGGAUUCAUGUCAUUCAAACUGAAACAGAGAGUGCACUUGGCACAGCUUGGGCAAACUUUGGUACUAACUUGUAAACUCUUUAAAUCACAUUGAAUACAUGUAGAAAGCAGCCAGUUUGUUUCUCUGCCUCCCAUCCAUUCCGGUGUUCUGUCACCUUCAUUAACCGGCCUUUGUAUGGGACUUUGGAGAAGCCAUAAAUGGCAGAAAGUGUCCUUGGUGUGGCUAUAAAAGGACGCUAGCUCCUAGUAGAGAAGCUGAUUUAUAACAGAACCAGGGAGGGAUUUCUUGCCUUCUUCAGUCAAAGUUUAGAAAGUGGAAGAGGAAGACGAAAGGAUGAGAUAGAGAGAGAGGAGUGGCCUGAGUACACUAUUACUGCCUGCAGGCUCAUCUGUCGACAGCCUGUCAUAGAAUAGCGUAAUCAUGAGACACAUGCAAGUUUACUCUGUGCAACACCCCCAAUCUUGGAAAAAGUGCACAGCGACUAUUUACCCUUAUCACAACAAGUGUACACAAGAGAAAGAACAUGUUAUGACUCCACAAAAGUAUUCGGCGUCAGCUCUUGUUCGUUUUAUGCAAUUUAACUUCCAGAGAGAGUUGCAUUAAAGUGAUUAAAGUGAAAUACCGCUUUGUUUGACAGUGUGUUCGCAACCAGAAGAUUGCAUUGAGCUUGGGAUUCAGACAUAACUCAGCCCAAAGGGAUCAGAGCAUUUACUUUUGGUGCAAUCACUGAAUGAUUCACAGACUUUCAGGAACAUAGGAAAACUGGUGUUGGUGCUUUGACUGUUCCUCGGUAACCUCUGUUGUUUGUUUACCCUCGACAAGACACAAAGACAUUGGGACUUUUGCAAGACUUUUUCUUAAUAUUGCUUCAAAAGUUCUUGAUCACAUUCGCAUUUUCCUGUUUUGUAUUUUCACCAUGAAUUUCUGCCUCAUUUAUGCAUCUCUUAACUCAAAAAUAUACGAUUGUGUGUCUAUAGAAAGACUUAUGUUCUGCCAUUCAAAACUUUUAUCCUGUGGAACAUCACUACAGAAACAGCAGACCCUCUGUACUUAAUUUGAAGGUGUAGAUUUUACUCCUUGAAGUUGGAGAUAAAGUUGUUGCUUUGGCUUAUCUUAGCCUUGAGUGUCUCUUCAUUUUCCUCUGUAGUCGUUCCUAGAAAUGAAGCUGUCCCUAUGAUGUGAGAGAAAUGAUGUGACAGAUACAGAUCCUAAGUGGUUGCUGAUGUGGUGUAUAUGUCUUGGGCAUCCAGCCAAACCACCUACAGGGAUGGUGCCUGACCGCAUUAGCAGCAACAUAGUGCAAAUGUAACACAUCCUUGCCACCAGUCUGCAUAUGAGCCACAUAUAUGUAUUUAUAAAUAGACACAAACUGUUACACGCUGACCUGACAAGAAGUAGAAGCAGGUUAAACAGGAGGCAGGCUGUUCAGGCACAAUCUGACAAACAGGCUGUACUAGUAGAGUAAUGUUUGAUUGUUUGCAGUACUCCACAUAAAAAUGGUUAUCUUAUACUGGCUACUAUGAGAACCAUUGUUUCAGCACUAGUCAGCCUCCGCCGGAAACACAAGUUUUGGCAGCUUUUUCAGUGACAUUAGGUUAGACUACUUGUGGGUGUUACUUUUUACACAGCUCUGUAGUUAUGUACCAAAAGUUGUGCCCUAAAAGAUAAUGUCUGAGACUAGCCUUUACACUCACUGAGCUCCUCAUUACAGGUUAUCUGUGCAUUACCUUCUACUAUAUUGUUGCUUUUAGUUAGCGGUUCUGAAACUUCAUGUGAGUUCUUAAUGAAAGCAACAAUUUCAGGUUUCAUUAACAGUUGAGAUCCAACUCCAGCUCGUUCUGGUCAUCAGUGGAGUGUCAAGCACAAACAGCAGCUAAGUUGUCUUCCAUCGCUUGGAAGAAAAAACAGCGCUGACCUUCUUUCACAACUGGGGGACCAAUCUUUAGCAACUUUCAAGAUGUACAUAGUCAACAAAGUACAUAGAGAUUGAAAGCUGCGUAAAAUAGGCUCUUAAGGAAACUGGAAAUUUGAUGAGCUUCUUCAGUGUUGUCCUAAUAGGUCGGUAGAGCGUGUAGUAGCCUUUCCUGGACCCCAAGAAGACUAGCUCUGUCUUGACAAAAGCUAAUGGGGAUCCUUAUAAACAAUAAAGCUGGUGUCCUACUGAUGCUAGCUUGCAGCAUGCCCCCACUCACCCAAACGACAAAAAAAAAAUCAGUCUGUCAAUAACAUUUCACAUUAGCCAGAUGGGAAAUACAGAGAAUCUUUACAACAUCCGUGCAACAUUUAACAUGUACAAUCCAAAUACAGAAUCCAACUGAUAACAAAAGGAUGGGCCCGGUGGUUCAUUACAUACAUCCUCCCUCCCAGCCUCUAUAUAAGUGUGUAAGCCCACUGCACUUUUUCAACAAUUCAACAUCUUUAAAAGUGGACUCUGUGGAGGACAUCUGAUGACGUAAGGUCAUCCAUAAACAGCUAACUUAAUGUGUUGUUACUUUAUUCAGUGGCUUUUACUGGUUUCAAUCUGGGUCAGUAUGUACUGAAGAAAAAAAAAGAGAUCUCUGCAAGCCCCUGGUGAAAAAAGGAAAAAAAAAAACUGGUAAAGGAUGAACAAUGAAAGAGUCCUUUCUUCAGAAAACUUAGAGACAAGCUACAGGCAUCCUUACAUUCCUCAGUAAUGGGAGAGAAGAUUUUUUUCAAUGUUAAGCUUCUUUAUUUAGUACUUUUAAUGAUUUGAAUCAAUAAAUAUUGGUUUGCAGAGAAGAGCCGUAAAAGAAUUGGCUCAGAGGUAAAAACUAUUGGUGAUCAAUCCUAUUUGGUAGUUUAGUCCUUUAUAUUAAAAUCCUGCCAUGCUGUUUCUUUUGCAUUUCUGUUUGUCCAAAAAGGCAGCUAGAAAUCCAAAGUACAGAUAUUUUACUGGCAAACUCUUAACGAUGGUUAAGUGUUAUGGAAAUUUGAGGUCAGACUUCAAAGAUUUCCACAAAAAUCAGAAGCAAAACAAAAGUCGAUUCUUGGCAUGUCAUAAGACAACAAUAACUCUGAUUUUAUUUGUAUUUCUAACAUCAAACCAGAAAGAAGAUGCUCAUUACCACCAGGUGUUAACUGGGGCAUAGAUUUUCCCACCUAACUCAACCCAAAGCUGUUUCUUCUUUCCUUGCAUAAAUUCUCGCAAGAGUCUGGCAAACAUCACCAAGUUGUUUUCCUCUUUACUUUUCCUAAGGUCCACCAUACGUUUGCAAUUCUGCCAGCGCUUUAAUGGGCUUAAGCAUUCAGCUUCAAACUGAACCGCAUUCAGUGUUGGCAAUGGAAAUUAGAUCAAUGGGUAAAAUGGGGGCCAGACGGUGAGCAAAGCACAGCGAAGGGCCGAUGACACAAGCACCAUGACUUCACUGUGAAAGCAUUCAACCCCUCUUUAAAAAACCCCCAUCCCUCAUCCUAUUGCACGCUUUCACAAGAAUGGUGAGUGGAAACUGUUUAAGGUUUAAUGGCUUCUGUGGAGGAAAAAAGCGGAGGAAAAAGUGUCCUAUAAUAUGAAAGGUCUUGCAUGGUGAUGGUUGUUGGACACCGCGUGAUGCAUGGUUUGAUCCGUCAGGGGAGUAAUUCAGUGCCUCUGUUGCAGCGCUGUGAGUAAGUUGCAGCCAUUAAGCUUUUACCAUCCAUCUACCAGCGCCACUGGACUCUGCUGCCGCAAUAAUCAAGGCAGAGCUAUACAUCCUGUUAAUUUACACGUGUGACGCACAUUUACAGGUCGCUUGAUGGAUGAGGGGGCCGUGGAGCUGUGACGAGAACCUUGUGCCUUUAGCUACCUUCUCACUUUGUGUCUGUUUAAUGUUCCCUCAUCCUUGCAAAGCCAAGAAUACUCCUUUAUGGGGAAAGAGAAGAAGGAUAAAAAAGCAGAAUAAGGUCAGAGUGAGCCCGAGUCUUGGUUAAUAGAUUGAAAUAGAUAGACAAGUCUGCUUAGGAAGCAACAUAAUUCACGCACACUAUCAGUGUUUACCAAAGCACCUGUUUUCACAUCGUUCCCCCAUUUAAACAACCGCAGCUAGGACUUUGCAUUUUAUCACUGAUAAUGAAGUAGGCGGGGAAGAUGAAUGGUGUUUUGCAUGGCUGCAUGAUAAAGAGAUCCCAGUGUCUGACAGUGAGAGAUAAGGACCUGACGGAUUGCAGGUCUGUUCUGGCAAAGUCGAACAACUAGGUAUAGGAUUUCUGAACUUUCAGCUCUUUAGACUCAAUGAACCUUUAGAUUAAUCCAUUGAGAGUAUUGCUUUUUGACAAAGAUGCUUAUCAGUCUAAGGUGAGUACAUGCUUGCACCUACCACUUCCAGUCCACAGUUCUCCUACAAUCUAACUGGGAUUGAUUUUUACAUCACAUGGUCACCAGGUAAGCACACAACCCCAGUUCAACUGCUCUUGCAGCGCCGGUGGCUUAAAAAGCUCCAAACACAAGGGAAAAGUAUGGAAAAGUAACACACAAAGAUGCAAGAUCUAGAGGACGGCAAAGAUAAAAAAAAAGAGAAGAGUAGGUGGGUGAGCGACUCAGGGACAUGGAGGGUGGAGGCAGUCCUGGGAUGCAUGGCAGCAUGAUUUAUGGACACCUUUGAAGUGAGCUCAUUCCAGCCACACGGCCUGCCUGCUGCAUUUCAGAGCAGGGACGUCCUCCUGGCGGUGCAGCGAGGGGGAGAAAUGACCCUCGGGUCACCAACCUCCACUAGCUCAUAGCAGUACCACUCGCUUGUGCACUUCCUGAUUAUGUGGCACUUCAUCACCGCAUGUUUUGGUUUCCAACAAGCAAAAAGUCAGCUGCACGGACAUCCAAUGGACACAUGACUCACUUCACAGGAACCUAGUUGGAGGUCAAAGCAAACAGAGAGAUUGACAAAGGAGAGAGGAAGGUGGUCCCGUCUGGACUCGUAGAAAUUGGGUCAAGAGAGACAUCCUACUUCAGAGACCAGCUCGUUUUCUCUUUUUGCUACAGUGAGCAGAAUUAUGCGGGAGAAUUUAUAGGAUCUCCAGUACAGUCUGAAUGGAAAAUCAUCCCUUGCAGUUUAAACCUCAACAGUAGUCUCACCAAUGAUGACAUCAUUGUUUGAGUAAGAAAAGCUUCCAUCUUCGAAAAAUGGCAACUCUGCAGAAGUCGGUCCAAGAAUGUCAGUCGGGUCUGGAAAUAAAGAUUUUAAAUGUGUUUGCAUUGUUACAUCCAAGAUUUUCUCUCUUUUUUUCUGCCAUCUGUGAUCAUAUCAGUUUUUUUAUGCUCGUAUAAAAGCCGAGGAAUGACGAUAUAAGUAACCAAAGUGGCUUUUCAUAUGAUCCCUCGAUUUAGUGCUCAGGUCUGGUCUAUAUAGUGUGACUCUUCAUGCACAUGGCUACACGUGUCUUUCUCCCUGUGGCUCCUUCCCUCUGCAAGACUUAAAACUGUCAGUGUGUUUAGACAUGGUAAGCCUGUUUUACAUUGUGACCAUGUGUUUAAAAAAAAGUGUGUGACCGUCUUUCUGAGAAGUCCCAGAGACAUCUCUGUUCGGGGUAACAGGAAGAGACACAUUUUGUGUGUAUAUGUGUAUGUGUGUGUGUGUGAACUCUGUUUUGGGACUCCCCGUUGUUAUCAGACCCUCAGUGGUGAAAGGGGUAGUUGCCCUAUAGGAAGUGAACUCGCGUAUGUUUCUCACAGCAUAAACCGCAGUGAAAAGAUGAAGACUUGUUUUCAUGGCAGGAGAAUGGCGCACAGGGAUGUCCUACAGGUCAACCCUCAUUAUCACAUCUAUUUUAGGUCGCUGGUUUUAUGCUUUGGGAUUUUACUAUGUGGCGGUUUAAAAAACACAUAUAAUAGUAUGCAUUUAACUGCAUGCACUGGUGAAUUUUCAAAUUUAUUUUAAGUAACUUUGACCAGAUUUUCUACAAGUGCUUCUGAAGCUCCACUUGAAAAAGUCUCAAAGGAAAGAUAAACUUUCCUUGAGUGAUCUAAAAUCAGGAUGUUGUAAAGUGACAUGUUUUUAUAGCACAACAUAUUAAUUUUCACCUCACCUCAGCAUCCUCAUAAAACGGUUGGUUGUGCCCUCAGUCAGCGGUGCACAGGACGAAACGAGAACUAAACUUCAUCGCCAGGAGGUUUAUGGUCCAGGGGAAUGAGGGCACUGUUUACACGUUGCCAGGGAGAUGAUGGGCCUGAGAAGGGAAAAAAUGGCAGCAUAUACUGGAAAUGACUCUCUAGAUUUUCAUCCCAGUCUUUUCACAUUUGGCAGCACCACUUUCAAUUUUCUGAGCCGACGUAAUGCUUGUUUUUUUUUUUCUUCACAUGAACCCAUCUUCUCGGGGUCACAGAGUCGGACAGGGAGGGAGAGGUGAGUAUUUUGGUCGGUUGCAGUUGUGGGAGAUAAUUCGUACAGCUGUUGCCAAGAAUGUAGAUUACUCUCACUGCUUAUAAAGUAUAAUACCCAUGAAAGCCUUCUGCACCCAGUGAUUGGAGACAUCCACCUGCUUAGAACAACACUGCUGAAUAUUCAUGUUCGGGGGUGUUGGGAUGUAGGCUUAAAAUAAUGCCCCUCUUGUCCGGGCAUUAACCUCAGGGUCAGGUGCCAUCCCUGCAGCCACGAGCCGCAAGUCUGAAUGAGUUAUAUAUAAUUGCUUGCAGUUGUGGGUGUGCACUGCACACUUGUGUGUGUGGCAUGCUUAGAUUGCUAAGUGUGCGGCUGGUGAAACCUUAACCCUGCUCCUUUAUGUCCUGGCUAUUGGGCUGACUCAGCAACAUUAGCAGACCACCUGGGAAUGACCGGUCUAUGGGAGCCAUCUUGUAGGGAGCCUUGUAGCUCGGUCCUUUUGGGUUACUAUUAGAUGUGAAGCUUUUAACAGCAGUGGUCUGCAUAAAUCAAGGUCAUAAGAAUCCGUACAACAUUUCAAGUUAAACAGUAAAGACACAUAGACAUAGCAGAAAGACAGGAACGAGGCCAUGGCUGAUUAUAUGUUAUCAGAAACACGGACGACAAAGUCAAAGCGUCCUCAAUACCCUCUGUUGUUGGAUUUCAUUGUCCAAACUCCUUUGCACCAAUCAAAAGUAUAUGCUUUGAAACCAUAUUAGGACCUGUGCAAAUCAUACGAGGCCCCUCGAUCUCUUGGCUCCAGCAGUUAAGAAAGUUUGUUUUAUUUAUAAGAACAGUACAGAGGUAAUUUUCCAUUGUGGUGACUCGUGGGACAUUUGCUUUGUCUGCCUGCCUGUUGCAAAGACACAAAGAAAUAGGCAGAAGUUAAUUUUCGGUGUUGCUACUGAAAAUAUUGCAUCAGAAAGGCUCUUUCUGUUCCCCCUCUGGAGGUUAGUCUUAAGAAAACAGCAUCCUCUCAAGGGGCCUGUAAACCAGUUACUGAAUCAGCCGGCUUGCAAGUCAAAGUAUCCUGACUUCACUAUGCAUACCUUUCAUUCUGCUCAGACUGAGUGGGCCGUGCUGUUGAGUGAAGUUUGAAAUUACACAUGAUUACAGCUAAUUGUAUAAAACCUUUUGGCAUAUAACUUCAAAUAGUAUUAUUAAUCAUUCAAAAAUAAAUGUCAAAGGCUAUUAGGAAUCAUUGACCAAAUAUAGGUAAUGAUUCUAUUCAGAAAAUUUCUCAGGACUGUGGACGUGUGAUAAAUCUUGUUUUUUUUUCCACAUGCAGACACAGCAAUUAGUAUGACCAUGCUGAGUUGAACUUCAAAAUAUUUAUUUAGGUCACUGUGAAAGAGGAAGGAGAAGUCCGUCAAACUCCUAAUUAUUCAUCUCAAAUAGUUGCUGAGUCUGAAGUCGAAUCAGAACUUGGUGUUUUUCCAUGUAUGGAAAAGAUAAAGCUUCUAUUAUCAGUCAGCAGUUCAUGAACACAUAAGAUGCAUUAUCCUCUUUUUACUCUCAGACUAUUGAAUGCACUUCUCUUUUAUAUGAACUGGUUCCAUGUUUUUACUGUACAAACACCGAUUCCCAAGACUCAGAAUAGAUAGAUUUAGUUGACACUGAUUACCUGCUACCUUAAGAAAUGUAUCAAUGCUUGGGUUAAGUGGAAAUGUCUAAUUGUCAAAUAAUUUCCUUUUGAUUUGUUUGAUGAUUUAAUCACACAGUUUUCAUUACACACAUGUAAAUCGAAACUGUAGAUUUACCGUGCCGACCCUCACCUAUGGUCGUGAACUUUGGGUAUUGACCGAAAGAACGAGAUCGUAGAUACAAGCAGUCGAAAUGGGUUCCUUCGCAGGGUGGCUGGGCUCAGACUUAGAGAUAGGGUAAGGAGCUCAGACACUCGGGAGUUGCUCAGAGUAGAACCGCUGCUCCUCCACGUCGAGAGUCAGCCGAGGUGGCACGGGCAUCUGGUUAGGAUGCCUUCUGGAUGCUUCCCGUUAGAGGUGUUCUAGACAUGUCCCACUGGAAGGAGACCUCGUGGCCGGCCCAGGACCAGGUGGAGGGAUUAUAUCUCUCGCCUGGCCUGGGAGUGCCUAGGGCUCCCCCCGGAGGAGCUGGUGGAAGUGGAUGGGGUGAGGGCCGCCUGGGCUUCCCUCCUGAAGCUGCUGCCCCCACAACCUGGACCCAGAUAAGCAGAAGAAAACGAUGACGACGCGCAAAUGUUAAGGGCCUAUGUCCACUUACAGCAUCUUUUUAUAAUUACAGCAUACAGGACCUCAAAUUAGAAUACUUUAGUUUCUCCUUCUCCGUGGAUUUUCUAGAUUUCCGACAACACGUAGGUCCAAAGCUCUCAACAAAAAACAAAGCAGGUGUCAGCAGUGAGAUGGAUCUCCUCUACACAGUGACGGCUUCAUAUUUCAAAGAGAUGCCGUAUCACUGGGAUCACAGAGUGGAGCAUGACAGCGAGGAUUUGAGGAUAUCAGGACAGUGACUGAAAUAACCAUUUUUGGGCACAUAUCUGCCCUGGGAAACUUUGUAUUGAAGAGGUUCUGGGAUUAAUGUCCAUGUUUGUUCGAAUAGAAAUAAUAUACUCUCCCUCUUGUGCAGCUGUACAGAGGUCUAAAACCAACCCUACUCAACUUAUUUAUUUUAAAACCAGGAGACAGGGGAAGAAACUGAGAGAGGCCCCUUGAAAAUAAGCGUUACAGUGAGAUCCUUCAGCACUCUUUUCAAUUUUCUCUGUCUUAUCACUGUAAAGUUUGAGUUUUGUUUGGGUGGUAUACGCUUUUAGUCUUUUUGCUGAGUUGUUAUUUAUCACACAUUGUCUUUAACGCCAUUACUUUUGCAUUCCUUCCUCCUCUCUAAACAAACUGUUUACCACCUCAAAGUGUAUCCGAAUCUUGGCAAGCAAACUGUCAAGAUUUUUUUUCUCACUUACGUUCUCUUUUCUCACUCUGGCUCUACUUUUCCCUCUGCCAUCUAAACAUUUACCGGCAAAUACCAGCGCAGAGAAAGAGAGAGAGAGAGAAAAAAAUCAACCUUUCUUGCAUUCUCCAAGCAGUGACUCUCUAAAAACCUCCACUGGCACACAGGAGUUGACUGCAUAGUUUCCCCGAUGCAAACCAGAUGUGAAGCACUAAUGUAUGGCAGCAUUUUUUUUCCUUCAAAGGAAGACAAAUGUAGGCCAAAAAUGUAGUCUUUUGGCUGCUUGCACACAGAGAUACAAAAAUAAAUUCAUUCCUGAGCUCCAAGCUUUCCCUCAUGGUGGUUGGGUCAGCACUGUAUGAUUUAGAAUAAUUGCAAUGUUAUUGUUUGGUGUUGGUGGAGUAUUGUGGAGCAUUGAGAUCGAGACUAGUUUAUGAAAGGAGGCCGAUGAGAUGCAAUAACUGCGUUUUCAACUGCACAGAAAGUUUUGUCUUCCAUACGUGCAUGGAGCCUUUCUUGCUCGCACGUCCUCAAGUCUCGGCCUGCCAAGCGUCUGUCAGAUUAUGACAAAUUUGUGUUUUAAGUAUAACUAAACAUACGUCAGUGCAGGCUUGUUCUGUACUUUUGUUUAUCUUCGAAUUUAACCACCAUAUCAAAUCCCUUUAAUAAAUGAGUCCAGAGGGUUUGACGGUGCAGCAUUUUCAAGCCAGCUGCUAUUCACUUGUAGCCUUUACGCUAAUACUACAGCGUGUACCACACAACGGGAGCAAGGCUAAUAUUACAAGACAUCAAGUCAUAUCCCCGCACUUGCAUUGUCAUUAAAAGUUGCCAAGAAAGGACAAAUUACAAAGGCUGUGGUGACAUUUUCUCCUGCAGGUAGUCAUUUUCAUCCUUCAUGUUUAUGAUGUCGGCUUUCAUUUGAGCCCUCUGUCGCCUCCCACUCCACGCCAAGCAGUGUUUAAACGCUCAAGGACAAUAACAGGUUUGCGUACCAGUGUCUGGUCCUGCAGCUCGUAGCCUAUCGUCAAGUCUGACCCAGGCUCCCAUAGAGGAGCGGUCUCAGGUGCCCCCUCAGCAGCCCCCCUACCCCUGAUCCCCUCCGCUCUGCUGCAGCAUGUGCGCUGAUGUUGUUCAAAGAGACUCUGUAAAGUGAAACUCCUCUCCGUCGCUUCCUGCUUCAGGUCUCAUUCGGUGUCCUGAGAGUGUGGGUGGCCCAGGUUCUCUGCUGGUGAAAGAUUGAGAGAUUACAAGAACGACAAGACUCGUAGUAAAGCCACUCCUCGUCUACCAACAGCACUUAAUCAUAUAAACUGAUGACCACAUGUUGCUCCGGGUUUUAAAUAUCAUGAUGACGCCAUAACUGCACUGCUAUUAUAAUCAAUUUCUCAACCUCUGUGUAUGCAAAAUCUCCCUUACAUCAGAAUUGAAGUGUUGCAUAUAUGUGCAAACCAGUACUUGUACGCUUGUGUAAAUAAGCACAACUGUUUAAAAUUGUGGCUGAGGCGUGCUCUCUCCUCCAUGAGCAAUUUCCUCUUCUUCCUGUGAUAAGAGUCGUUGCUCUUGUGUGUCCUUUCCAUUUCUGAGCUUUCUUUAUCUGAUUCAGAGGAGAGCAAGCAGAAGCAGGACAACAAACAUUGGAGUUGUAGAGAGCCUGACCAGUGAGGGUUUUAGUAUAGAAAAAUCAAGAGGGGGAAUUUAUCCAAUUACAGAUACAACAUGCAGGCAGUAAAGUAAACUGUGAGGGCUGCACACCUUUAGUCAUCCUUCUCAAUACUCGUGUUUCCUCGGAGAGCCUUGGAGCAAGUCUUAGAUCCAUACCAGAAACCUCCCUCGCCUCACCGAGUCUAUUUUUGACAGAGAUCAUGUCGGCAUCCAUCAAUCUGAACAGAGCAGAUCCCCUCGGACAGGAAGUCAGACAUGAAAAUGACAUAAAGCUUCUGCUUGAUUCAAAAGAAGAAAAAAACACCAUAUAUGGACUCCAAAUUGUGCAUCAGACUGUGAGACAGAAUUAUUGAUGAUAAGGAAUAACAACUACAAAACAGCCACAAUUCUUCGAUAUGUGUUGAUCAGUACUUGACUUUAUAGGUAAAACAAGAAUGAAGUAGGACAUAAUUAUAAACAUCAACCAGCUUUCAGGCGCGUGCGCCCGCUCAAGUUUCUUUUUCAAGAUAUUUUUAAUGAAAUAUAAUUUUGGACAAUUAUUUACAAAAAUGGAACUACGCAGAGUCUGAAAGAAACACUUUGCAAUGUGUCAAAUGUAACCAGAUUUCCAUUUCAAGAGGUUUUAUUUAGCAAUGUAACCAGUUAAUAUUUUCCCCCAAAAUAGUCACAUAUUUUUUAAAGAACUGCUGGUUUUAGUUACAACAAUUUUGGUGUAGGUGGAGCUCCUCACCCAAACUGACACACACAAACAUAUGCUCACUAAUGGUAACGCUAGAAAACCUCCUGGACAUUAGAUACCCUGCUGCUGCUUAUCAGAUAUCUCAAACACCAACACACUAGUAUGUCAAUAUAGUGAAAGAAAUUGUACUUAUAUGCAUGCUAUUGUUUGUUAUGCUCUUAUUUUCCAAUCUGUGUGUUGACAUUGAUUUUAAUUUUUCCAAGUUCUGCACCAAAACAUCUUGAAAGGUACUCUGCCAAAGAUGCCAUCACAAAACAGCAUGGUACAACUAUGAGUACCUGUACACCCUUGAUAGAAGCAUUAAAUGUACAAUACAUUGACCUCAAAAAGGCAUCGCAACCUCUAAAGUGAUUUUGCAAACUUGUUAGUCAAGCCGCCUUGAGCUUCAGACGGCUGCACCGCCCUUUCGACAUGCUUCCAGUGAAGCAGGGUGCGCUUAUCAGAGCAAAACAUGAGCGUUGACAGAACUGGGCACACACGCUUGCCGUAGAAUCUAGAGUAAGACUGAUAGAUAUUUCCUGGAAAGACUUUGCUCUAAUUCACAAUGGUAUGACCCCUCAAAGACACUCAUGAAGCUUCUUUUAAAUCCAUUUGAUACAGUUUACUACAUUACUACACAGCAGUGAUGCCCUUCCUGCUGCAGUAAAGUAAACUGUAAGGUUGCAAUGUGCUCCCAUGCAAUGAAUCACACCAAGAACUAUUUUUCAUAUCAGUUCUUGAGUUUAAACAUCUGUGCAAUGGAAAAAUUCAAUGCUGGUAUGAAUGUAUCUCUUAUACACAUGCUGGCUGAUCUAAUAGCUGAAGCAUGUAUCAUUCAGACAUAACUUUAUGAACAUGCUGCAAGUAUAUUUCAAUGUCUAACUUGCAUGAUGUGUUUCUGUGACCUGAAUACGUCGAACCACUUAAGAUGAUGUUCAUGCACACGUUUAGUCAUAUUGAUGGGAUUUGGCUAGUGGAGUGACUAUUCUCCUAGAAUAUGUGGAUCUGGAAGCUUCCCCCAAAGGUCCUGACCUUGGUUUCCAUUUCCUUGAAGAGAAAAAUGAACGUAAUCCCCCUGUCAUUGUGUCAUAAACAUCAGCUCCGGACCAUUUAAAAAAGGGUAAUUCAUGCUUUUGUCUUUUCACAUUAGUCACCGAGUGGAAAGUCUUGCACGGUCACAAGGCGCUGAAAUAAAUAAGAUUCGAUGACAUCUACAUCAGGCUCUUUUCAAGUGGCCACCAGACUGGGACACAAAUGAUCUUUUUCUGAAGUGUGCUUUUGACAUCUUGUUUUAUUUUUAAAAUGCUCAAACCAGGCCCCUCAAAUGAUAUAUUUAAGUGUCCACUGCUAUGAUUUUUUUCCCAUCUCAAAGCCAGCCCAGCAGUCUUACUGUGUUUGGAAGAGGUCCAGACACCAGACAGAGGGCAGUGAGAUGGUAUGUGUUUACCCGAACACAGCCGUUUCACUUUUCCUCCGGUUUGAUUUAAGACUCGUCAUGGCGUUAAGUUCCUGCGACGCUGUUCAUUUGCCUCUAAAUGUCACAGCCGUCCCUCUGUCUCUUUUUUUCUCGUCCCACUGAUUUGUUUGAUUUCUCCUCUGUACCUUCAUCACUCUCUCUGGGACUUGUAUAAAGGGGAGCAAAGUAAUGUGUACUUUAAGGGGACCUGCUCUAUAACACACUCCUUCCUCUGGUGUGCUGCCAGAACAUCAGGCAGCUUAAAGUGACAGAGUGGCUUUUGCAGCAGCUGCUUUCAUUAAAAGUGAAUCAAACCUUAGUGUGCCCACUUAAAUCCACACUUUUUUUGAAGUGUCCUAUUUGACAUAAAAACACACUUGUCUUAAAGAGGCCGUGAACACAGACCAGCAAACAGAGCAGACUCCCUUUGCAUCGCUUGCAGACAGUCAGCAAAACCGCAACUCUUGAACUGUUUUCAUUUUGGCAAUUAACCAAAGCAAGAGUCGGCCAGAUCUUCAUUUACAGACUGUGAUGUAAUUUCCACCAACUGUCAUGUUGCCUUAUCAGGAAGGACUGAGUUACACCACUUCCAUCCACUGUCACUGUCUUCUGGAAAUAAUCAUUCCCACAUUGGCUCUUACAUAUCAAACCACAUUUUAUUUUUUUAUUUUUAUUUUUAUGUUUUCUCAGGAAGAAAAAGCUACAUUGUUGAUCCUGAGUUACUUACUUUUUAUUGUUUUUUUCCAAAAAAGGGCAAAAACAAACACCAGUGGAAAGUCUCUGACAUCUGGGUUAAAUAUUUCAUUUAUAAUUAUAUACACAAUGUGACUGAUGUUUGUUAAAAAAUGACAAAAUUGUUCAAAGUAUAAUGUUCUCUCUUUGUCCUAGGACACCUAUUGGUAUCAACUCAAAACCGAGCUUCAGUAGUUGAUCAAUUAUAUCAAAAUACUGAAUAAACUUUAGCGGUGGUCCUAGUUGCAGAGAUUUAUGGAGAGCUCUUAAAAAUUAACCUGCAAUAUAUGUUCGUGUCAUGUUAAAGCUCCAGUAAGGAGUUUUUGGUAAGGUUGCGAAACAGAGUGAAAUGAACAGCGAUGCAUCUCUAUGAUGUACAAAAGCAAAUAAAACCAUCAGUGAUAAGAUUUUAAGUUUAUAGACUGUAUUUUGUAACGCCUGUUGCCACUGUAAGAGGGUAGAUAUGCUAAGGAAACAGCUUUUGUGACUUUUCUGAAGACAAAUGUUCACAGUGUGCAUUAAAUUUUACUUUAAAAUGCCAACAAGAGUAGAUUUUUGUCAAUCAGCGCCUCUUUCAGAAGGGUGGGAUAAACUUUGUGCUUUGUCCACAGGGGGCGCCAAGUGAACACAGACAUAAACUUCCUCACAGGAGCUUUAAAUACCUCAAGUCUGUUGUAAUGCGUGUCGUCGUCAUGCACAUAAUGAAUUGUUUUCAGCAAAGCACCAAACACCUGUUGACUAAUGUCUGUAAUUGGUGUGAUUUCACUGAGAUGAGUGUUCGUCCUCAGGACAUGUUUUCAUUGUUGGCCAGUCUUAAACUGCACUGACUCACAAAAUGUGAUACUUAGUAGGCGUUGUUGGACCUUUAAAUAGAUGGAGUUUAAUUUUUUUCAUGUGUUUUCCAUUGAAAGUGGUCCCUUCAUGAACCCUUCCGUGCAGUUUGAAGCAUACUGCCUCUAAUCGGCUUAUUCCCACUAUGAUUAGAUUUGUUUCUUUUUGUUUUAAUUUUUUUUAUUAGGCAUCUUGUCUUUAUUCUCAGAGGACAGCUGUAGAAAGGCAGGAAAUGUGAAGGGAGAAGGGAAGAAGGGGAAAUGACAUGCACUAAAUUAUACUGGGAUUGGGAAUUGAUCCAGUGCAACCAAGACUGUAGCCUGUAGCCAAGCUGUAAACUGUUGCUGUCGAAGUUAACUUCCGGUCAGCAGUCAUAUAACAUUUUAAAAGAAUAUUCUCCUAAAGCUCAGGAGAGGAGGGGGUAAAACUGUCGGGCUUAUUCCCUCAGUCUGUGUGAACUGUUCAUUUCAAAUCAACCGAAGCGUAAGCAAAGUUUGAGCUGGGGAUUAACAGGCCUGCCUCUGGGACUGGACUGGACAGUGUAUAUGCUGGACCUCCCCUCUCCAGUAACCAACCGUGACUAUGUUGCCUGGCAACAGCGUACAGCCAGCUUGCUUGAAUUGGUCCGCUGCUCUGUGCUGUGGUGUCUCACGAAUCGGCCCUGAACUUCACCUCAUUAUGCCAAUCAGAGAAAGUUGUGAUGACUAGAAGAAUGCAGCCUUGGCAUUCCUCCGCUAUCUUCACCCCGGAUGUGUGAAAACAAACAAAAGGGUCUAAAUUCUUGUUCAGACGUGCAAGGCUCAUCACAUCCAGCUCUGGGGGAUUGACACCUGUUUGCAGUGGAUGAAACAGGGUCUAAAACAGGGUUUAGAUUUUCAUUAGGUGAGAUUUUAGGCACAGAUACUCUUUAACAGCCUAAAGGUCCUUACACACAGGGACCGACGCAAAUAUAUGACGCAGAAUUACGAAAUAUUCAGAGGAGAAUUUUGACGCGCCUGACUAUACAUAUCAAACCCAAUGCAAUUUUGCGACUUUCCAGGGGGGAAAAAGAUGCGUCCCAGGUGGACGCAAGAAGACUGACACAACACCAGACUGACUGUUUUUCAGUUCUGAUUAGACACUAGUGUUGAGAUUGCUGUCUGUCAUGAUAGCAUGUACUGAGUCUGGGUCAGUACCAGAUAAGCACAUUAAACUAUAUAAACGUAAGGUAACAACUGAGACCUAAUGGUGCUGUGACAGCAAUGCGAUUGAGUUUGAGACAGUGAAAAUACAUAUGGUAAGUUGUAUCUGAACAGGUUAGCUUACAAGCUAAAGUUACUUAGCACAGAUGAAAAACAAAGACGUUUAGCAAACUGUUAAAACACACAAACCAUCGUCAUAUGAGAAAUCCGACUCUAUGACUCUCCACAAGUUGUCCUUCAGGUCAUUACCUUUGUAAUGUUUGUGUCUUUUAUCAAAAAGCACUCUGUUCUCUGACACGUAAACAAUCAGCCGGUCGGCCAUGUUGGAUAUACCAGUGAAUCAGACAUCGCAACAACACGAAUUCUGAUUGGCCAGAAGUGGACACACAGUAUGUGAAACUUUAGGAAAAUCAACCGUGAUCUGAGAAAAAAAAUGCAGCAAUAUUGCAGGACGGGAAAACGUUGUUGAUGUGAACGCUUGUAUUGACAGGAUAUGGGUUUGAAAAAAAAAUUUGAACGUCCGAAAUAAUCAUUUAAAUCUUGAUUUUUAACCUACAAAGACUAGCGGAAGCAAAUGUUGAUAACAAGCCAGUGAGAGAUCCCCGAGUGUAUAUUCCUUUUGACGAACCGUAAAGUUGUUUACUGUGGGACCAGGGAUGUCCUCAGAGGCCAGUGACAGAAUUACAGAGACUAAAGCUCUGCAGAGGUCAACAGAACAUCAUGGAACCAUUUUUUUGCAGAAUCACUCAUUGAUCCAUAUAUAGCUACACCAAAUAUAAAUCCAAGUUUGCUCUUUUGGAUGAACUCCCUUUGGAUCAUUACCGGAAGUAUGCACUGUUGCUGGAUUUAUCACAGAUCAUUGUGCCGCACUGCUAUGAUUAAACUCAGCGCAGUCUUUCUGGACCAUUGUCCUCAUAUGUGAGGGUUAGUGUGAUUUCCUCUAAGCCCACACUUUUCCCAGAGGCCUGAAUUCAGUCACAGCUCUGGUAUUUGGGAACAUUAUUAACCCAGAGUUGGUUCUUAGUCAUCUUGGACAUGAAGGCGAUGGACCUCUGCCUGGAAGUGAGCAUAUACAGUAGUAGAUAAAAAGCCCUGUGAGAACCAGCCUCCGGACUGGAUUUGAGGGUGACCCAGAUCCAACUCAUCCUCUUCUCUUCUCAUUUCUCUUCUCUUCUCUUCUCUUCUCUUCUCUUCUCUUCUCUUCUGGGUUUUGGGUCGGCAGUAUCCACAUGUAGUCACGUCUAAGUCUGUCUCCCUUGGGCUUUGUGCGCUGACGUCAUGCCCCUCUCUGUUAGCGCCUGUGCCACCAAAGGCUCAUGUCUGGAUCUGUACUGGUUGCUGAAAUGCUGAUUCUCAAAUUAGUUACAAACCUCAAGGUCCAAUUCAUCCGGCUUUUUAACCUCUUCGACGUUUCUUUCUAAUCCAAAGCUGAUUCCUGGAAAACCUUCUCCUUUUGAGACCACAGAAUCAUUAAAGAUGAGGAAUUGCAAAUAACAGCAACCACUAAUAUCCUGAGUGACCUAUCUCACAGAGGUGUUUCCUGGGUAAUUAUCCGUGUCUGAAAAUCACUCCUUUUGUCAGAGGACUUGCGUGUCUACCUAUCUGGAAAAUGUCUCCUGGCCUACUUUCUACAAGCCCUUAGCACGUCAUGAACAUAUGGAUUAUACAAUUUUAAGGAGGGUAAUAAACAGCUGGCUGAUUUACUUUGGAAAUUAAAGCUGACAUCAGACGUCACAGAACUGGCUCCCCGGCUUCGUGAAUCAUGCCUCGUCUCGUCCUCUUUACCUGGCAAGCGAAGGCAGCGCAUACCUGCCUGGCACUGCAGACAACAUCAAGGUCAUUGUGUUCGCUUUCAGCUCGUCACUGUCUUCAUCUUAUCCUCGUGUUGUGUUUUUGUGAGCCAGUUGGAAAAGAGCCUGAAGUUUUCUGGCUGUUUAUGUGUCAGAUUUCCAGGAAUUAAUGUGAAAAUGCGAACUUGCAGGUUCUGCACCUUGUUGGACGUUUUGCAGACUGACCACAGCUGCUUUUUCUGAUAUUUUGCCACAACCUCCAGCUGGAAAUUAAAAGAAGACAUUAGAUACUAAAGUCGUGUCCAUUAAAUCUUUAGAAAGCCCGAUGUUCUGAGCUUGUGUUUACAUGCGGCUGCAGGGCUUUCAAGCAUUAAUUUAUGUGGAAAGGUCGUCUGAGGGUGCUGAAAGUGUCUUAUUAGUUUGUGGAAGGAAGGCUGUGUUAGCAGAAAGCUGUCAGUGGGUUAAAUAUGAGGACUGUGAGCAGGUGAGGUCUCUUGGAUCUUGGCUCUCUCUCUCUCUGACUCACUAAAGAGGUUUUUUUCAGGCUGAGACGGAUGAAACACGAGAGUCUGGGACUGAUGUUUUCCCCGAUGAUGGAUCCUGUGUGAUUUGGCUUUAAGUCCUCGUUCAUUUUUCUGCUUCAAUCCAAAAAGUUUUAGCGCACCGGUGGACCUUUUUACAAAUGUACGUGUGGGAGUAAGACAGGCAGCAAAGGGGCCUGUUUGUGAUUGAUUAUUAGAUCAGACAUGAUUAUUAUUACUGGGUGGUGGGAAUGAAUUGCCAACAGAGCACCCUGCCAGAGCCCUGUAUCCAUUAUCACUGGGCUUCCCUCCAGCCAUGCUGUAAUGUUUUGGCAAUCUGAUAUUGUUGCCAUAAUGCUCUCACAAUAUUAUUCUGUCACUUUGUUGUGUGCUCAGUAAUGAUCAAGGGGCCUAUCACGCUGUGAAAACCAUGUAUUAGACUCUACCUCUUCUGUAUCUGUGUCUGCACGUUACUGUACAACAGGAAGCCACCUGUUAGAGAGUUCAAACAGCCUCAAGUGUCUUUGACAACACAAACGCUUCAUGCGGUUUCUGUAUCUGUUGGUGGUCCUCAGCCUUUCUCACAUAUAUAGUCUUGCCUCAUAAAUAUUUACAGGUGUGUACGAUGUGUACGACUUCACAAAGCAAAGAUGCGCUCCUUUAUUCCCGCUCUCUAUCAGGGCUUUAAUCCUUAAGUUGCAGAUUCAGGCGGUUGAGAGAAACAACAAAGAAAGUGACAGCGCGCUCUCUCUUGUCCCCUCCCUCUGUAUCCACCACACUUUCAUCACGCAGCAAUAAAAUUUAACAGGCUCUCCUCUCUGCCUCUCUUUCUUUUUCCACUUGCUCCCACUUGCACCGCGUGUUUUGUUUGAGCAGAGCUCCACUGCUGGUACAAGCUGAAGUAUUUACAGCGUAAAUAGCGGCAGUCAGACUUGACAUUGCAGUGCCAAAAAAGGUUACAGGGUAAUACCUUGACACUCUUCCUCCUCUUUCUCCCUCUCAUUUCAGUCUUUUCUUUCUUUUUUUUUUGCAUUUGUUGUUGACUUGAGUUCCUCUCGUUUGUUCCAGGUUUAAAAGAAAUCACGAUGGCCGACCGUUUCGACUGUGACAACUGCAAGGAGUCCUUGUACGGCCGCAAGUACAUCCAAUCAGACGACAGUCCCUACUGCAUCCCCUGUUACGACAGCCUCUUCUCCAACACAUGUGACGAGUGCAAAGAACUGAUCGGCCAUGAUGCAAGGGUAAGGCAUCCAUUUUUGACAUGAUCGGACAUGCACUCAGCUAUCUGUUGCACAAUGUUUGCAUUCGGAGAACAUACAGAGUAACUAUCAAAACAUCGUGGUGAUUAAAGAAGAAUGUUAGAUUAUGGGGAAAGUAUUUGACACAUGCUCAAAUGGUGAUCCUUAUUUUAAGUUUAUAAAAUCAGCUUUUAGCUAUACGCCGGGUUUAGUGACACUGCUCUGGAUAGGCUAACUUAAAGUUAAGACAUGCUAAUGAUAGAUAAUUUAUGCUAAAUGAGCCGUGUUCUAUAUAUUUUAUGUGGCAAGACAUAGUAAAACUUAAUUGAACUUGCAAUUAUACAGGCAAUUUCCACUUAGUCCACAUGAGCCAGCGGGUUAAUUUUGUCUCAGAUUGUAAAAAAAGCACAAUGAGGGAAUGUCUCUUUUUCUUCCCCACAACCACGUUUAAUUUAAUUCAUCCUUAAUAGAAAACACUUAGAUGAAGUGGAUCAUUUAAGACUGACACACACUACUUAGAGGAGUUUAGAGAGGCUGAGGGCAGGCUGAAGAGCUUGGUAGUUUGUGGAGUUAAAGAGGGUAAUGAGUUAUUGACACCCUCAUGGGCUGCAGAUGAUGGAUGAAAUAAGCAUUUCCUUGGCUUAGCAUUUUAAAAUCCUUGUAAGACCUCCAUGUAACGGAGAAACCACACACUUCUGCCCUGAAAUUAUGCUCAACUUUACUUCUGUUGUAGCAAGAAGCUUAACCCCCAAUUUCCACCGCAUCCAGAACGGCUGAAAAAAGGCUGUAUGCGCCAAUCACAGCUGAUCGUUUCUAUUCAAGUUAAUGUGUCAAUUUCCAACGGUUUCUUUCCGUUCCGCUGUGGACUUUCAUCGCCAGAGUUCAUAUUUUUCCGGACGCCGUUGCAUGCCGCAUAAAUUCAGCACAGAUUAACCCGUGCUGGAAAGGAAGUCAUGCACAGACACAUAACAAAACAUCCUGCUCCUUUUCAAAAUAAAAUACUACAUGUUUCAGGCGGAUCAUAUUUCACACCAUGCAAAUGUGCGCAGGGACGAACAGGUGAAAGGUUUUCAGAGAUGCUGAUUCUAGAAGUCUAGAAGUCGAUUUCCUCCCCUGGAAGGACUCAAUCUAUCGCUUAUAUGAUUAUGUAGCUGUCUUUAUGGAGACCACUCGUUAUCACGCGAUUGCACGUGGUUCUUAUGAGUUCUCGCGAUUCCCACUGUCUAAAAUCCGCUACAAACUCAUCCGGUAGGAAUUGGCGGACAGCAAAAAUUGCUGCCGUUCAAUGUGCAGUGGAAAUUUGUGGUAAAUUUGAGUAAGGACUCAAAGAUAAAGAAAUAAAACGUCCUUCUUCUUCUUCUUGUUUUUUCUUGUUCUUCUCUCAGGAGCUCUUCUACGAGGACCGACAUUAUCACGAGCACUGCUUCCGCUGUUUCCGCUGCGAUCGCUCACUGGCGGACGAGCCUUUCACCAGCCAAGAUGAGGCGUUGCUCUGCAAUGACUGCUACUGUAAUGAGUUCUCCUCCAAGUGCGUUGCCUGUGACAAGAUCGUCAUGCCAGGUAAAGGUGAAGACAAUACACUGUUAAGUAGGAGUGUCCCAAUACAAUAUUGAUAUCGGAUAUCGGAUUAUAUCGGCCUGCAUCUAAAAUCUCCAAUAUCAGCAGUAUUUUUUGUUUGAGUCCAAAAAAGACAUUGUAGCUGAGUGAAAAAUGUGUCAUGCACAAUUUUGUGCCAAUAUCGGAUCAAUAUCGGUAUCGGUCAAUAUUGAAGGCUACAAUAUUGGUAUCGUAUCAGAACUCAAAACGUUGUAUCAGGACACCGCUAGUGUUUAGAAUCAGAGUUCAUUGAAUCACAGCCCUCUGAAUGACUCUUUUUUUUUUCCAACAACACAUUAGCUAAAAAAAAUAUGAUUGAGUAAAUUAUGGAAAUAAAUAAGAGACGGGGGGACUUGUGAAAUAUCUUGCAUGUAAUGCUUUUGACAGAGCUGAUUCAACCACUAACCACCGGUCUCAUUGUCCCACAUUUUACUUUCCAUGUUGUAUACAAAUUCAAAUGUCAUGAUAGAUAAGCAAAUGACUCUGGAAAAUGAUGACAUGGCAAACUCAAGGAAGCAGGAACGAACCGACAGUUUAUAGAAAGAGAUCGACUAGAUACAGAGAGGAAAGAUAUUUAAUGAAAACGAAAAAAGAUGAAGAAAAAGAGAGCAAAUCCACGGUCUGUGAUUGAGCUGCAGCCAGUGCUGAAUGUGACAGAGUAAUUGUCAGUGUGCUCGACUUGUUGUCCGCGAGCCAGAUCCUCAGAGCUGGUGGACUGCCAGCAGUCCGAUGAUAUGAAAAGAUAAGCUCCACAGUUAUUCCAGCGCUCCUGUAACAGUUGACACAGUCACUGUACAGAAAAACACGAGUCCAGGAAGAGCACAACGACCUCCCUUAUUCCACAGAAGAUAAUCUCAUGUUCACUCAUUUGUAUUACAGAUCGUUGUGUCAGCAAGACGCCAUCAGAAAAGGUGUCUCAAAGCUCCCAGUAUACAUACUUUAAAACCGGAUUGUGAAAUAAUCCUGAUGCUCUUCAUUUGCAGAUUAAAUUACUAUUAUCUCUCAGUCUCAAUUAACAGUAAACCACCGACAGAAAUGAAGCCCCUCUUCAAAAACAGACGCUCACUUAUCUUUGUUUGACAUCUGGAUGCUAGACUGAAGUGGUUUAUGCGGGUUUGAAAAAGGAGAGAAGAAACUUAACACCGUGGCUAAGUGAACGCAUUUCUCCGAGAGUGAUUUGAUCAAAAAAGAUUAUUUAUGAAUCUGCUGUAAAACCCCUGAUGCCAGAGAUUGUCUCAAAAGAUCUUUCUGUGUUCUCCCAGACAAUGAACCUCUUGUUUGGUUAGUGUUGACUCUGCUGGAAAAUAUUCUGACACACACAACGUUUUUGUUGUGAUCACCAUCCACUGUGACUAAUCAUCUUUUGGGGGCUUUAUUUUGAAGGUUAGAAUAUUAAGUAUACUCAGGAUAGCCACACAUUGCACCCUUGGACUGUAUAAAACAAAACCGUAGUGUUGUGAAACGAGAAGAUGGCGGUUAGCGCUGUCUCCGUCUAACUUACAGUCAAACUUUGAGUCAAGGAGGCAAAGAGGACGAGUUGAGGUGAGCAAAACAGCGACAACUCUCCCAGAUUUGAGCAAAAUUCAGAGAUUUAAUACAAUCCAACAAACGAGCUGUAAAGAUCUAUCACUUACCCAGUUUUAUUGUAUACAGAACGAGGUUAGGACACAGAAAUAGAGAGUUUGAUCUCCAGAGUCAUUUGCAGCUUUUGCACUUUUAGAAAACUUAAAAUUCACACUGUAGCAACUGAUUGAAUAGUGGAAAGUUAUAACUCUAUAACUUAUAAAGUUAUCAAUUUACUUUCUGUUAUUGUUUGGUUUUAAGACUUUUUUAUUUAACUAUCCCUUUUAUGCCUGAAACAACAAAUUAUGGCCAGAAAAUUCAAGUUUUCUUUGAGCUAAAAUAUUUAUUUCACUUACUACUUAAAACCAAAAAAAAUCAAAAUGUCCUUAAAAUCUGACAAAUGUAUUUAUUUAUUUUGUUUGGUACAUUAGAUGUUUUUGAAAACUGAUAAACCACAAGAGGACAUUUUUUAUCAUUUAUCAGACUGUAUUCAGUAAUUUGUUGCUCCUAUUGAUUUGAUAUAAGUAUCAUAAAAGUAUGUAUCAAAUAUGAUACAAGAGGAAAUAAAGGGUUAACUUUUAACACUCUAUCACCUUUAUUAUAUUUUAUCAUGAUUUUAUCACUUUAGUCCUCGCUCCAGUGUUUCCUCUUUUUUUUAAACUCAAGACAGAGUUUCCUCAGUCGUCUGUGGAAAGUUGAAGAGUCCUCACUUUUCUUUUGUGUAUACAUCUGUGUGUAUGAGCGUGUGAGUGCUGUAUACAUUGAAUGGGGGUUUGGUAUUUGCAUUUUUAUUUAUUUUAUUUCAUAGUUUUUUAUAUCCUGCUUCAAUGGACAUCACCUUGUGCUACAUUCUACAUACAAAAAGUGCUUUAAAAAUAAAGUUAGUUUGAUUGAUUGAUUGAUUGAUUGAUAACUCAAAGCAUACUCAUAAAAAGCUCAUAAUUCAAAUGUAGAGGUUGUCUCCUGAUGUAAUGGAGGUCUUUGCACAAGGACUGAUAUAAUCAGAUCUGAUCGAGGGAUUUAAUUUUAAAACACUUAAAACAAAAAUGGCUCAUCUCAAAAUAACCUUAAGGAUAAUUUCAAGAUCUUAAAAUCUGAUGUAUUUUCAUCUUUAUUAAGUAGUUCCAGACUCGAUUUUGGUGUACUUGUCAAAAACCAGCUUAUAGUACGUCCCUCUUGGUCUACUUUAGGCCCUGUAAGCUUAUAAAAACUGCAGUGUUUCUUCAGAGCAUUUUUGCAGUUUUUGAUUUGUGAACACAGCCUGAGGCGGUGAAACGUUUGCAACCCGCAGACAGCAGAAGUGCAAAAUGUCGGCUCCACACAAACCACCGCGUCACCAUAGAAUAAACCAGCCAGUAUCAUAAAAACCUCAACAGCCGAGGGAGAGAAGAUGGAUUGUUUGGGGACACGUAGGGGAAAAAUAGCAUUAUGCUUUUCUGUAAGGCCUGUCGCCGCUGUCAGCAGUGGGGAAGAAGUCUGGGGCCUGUGGUAUUAUGAUUUAAAAUAAAAUAAAAAGUGAAUGAAAAAGGCUUAUAUGCCGUCAUGCAGCUUUAAUGCAUGAAGUCAUUUUAAGUAGCUGCUGCAAAAAAAUUGCCAAAACGGCAUCAACGAUCCUGCGAAGUAAAGUAAAAGAUGCACUCAAGACAAAAAAAGCUUGACGCUCUCUGAUCUUUAUCGUCGUUUCAUCUCUCUUCUGUCUCGACCUCAUGUCUCCUCACCAGGUUCCAGGAAGUUGGAGUAUGCAGGCUCUACCUGGCAUGAGGGCUGCUUCAUCUGCCAUAGCUGCGAGCAGCCGAUUGGCUCAAAGUCCUUCAUCCCCGACAAGGAUGAACAUUACUGCGUGCAGUGCUACGAGGACAAGUUCGCCCCACGCUGCACACGCUGUAAAAAGGUCAGACAAGCUGUCGAAUCAAACUGCUGCAAGUAGUUGAAGAGCCAAAAAAACACAUUUUGGAAUCUGCAGGAUAGGAACAUGACCUUUGACUUGUCUCAUUUCAGACCCUGGCUAAAGGUGGUGUGACCUAUCGGGACGAGCCGUGGCAUAAGGAGUGUUUUGUGUGCACCAGCUGUAAGAUGCAGCUGGCAGGUCAACACUUCACCUCCAGAGACGACAGCCCGUACUGCCUCAACUGUUUCGGCAGCCUGUAUGCCAAGAAGUGUGAGGCCUGCAGCAAACCAAUCACAGGCAAGACUACUACAACAUUAAAACACACAAACUUGGGAUUAAAUCUUAUCACAGGAACUGAAAAUUACGAUACUCCGACAUUUUUUCUUUCUAAUCCAUUUGUAGAAAAAACUAAAUCUGAGAGUAAAAGUCCACCCUUUAAAGUUGAACGUCCAUUUCCUUUGCAGGUUUUGGCGGAGGAAAGUACAUCUCAUUCGAGGAUCGCCAGUGGCAUCAGCCGUGCUUCACCUGCUCCCAGUGCUCCGUGUCUCUGGUGGGCGCCGGCUUUUUCCCAGACGGUGACAGGAUCUUAUGUCGCGACUGCAACAGCAACCUAUAGACCUGUCAUUCACCGUAAUCUCAUCCAUCCCUAGACACACCUUUGUCACAGCAUUUCACGAACCCCCAACUCCUUACCGAGGAUGGUAACACACGCUAACAAUCGCUGCCUCUCAGGUUGUUUAUAUACAAAGAAAUCAGUCACUCACGGCCCCUUUGAGAGUCUGAUUUUCAUACAAAAUCCUGUUUUGAUGCUGCAUUGUUUGAAUGAACCACAAAAAGACCCUUCUAUAACCAAAGAGUUAAUUAUUGUCUGAAACAAAGUUAACGGAGUGCCUUAAGAAUAACAUUACUUGGAUGUUAUGUGCUAUUGAACCAAAGAAAUGCAAACUGCGAGUCACUUUGCCAGAAAAAGUUCUUGUAUUUUAUGGAAAAGUUUCCUCACAGAACACUGAGUCUGUACAGUAUGUGAACAUUACUGUGUUAUUUCAAAGUGUGGUGGAGGUACUGUGGCUUUACGCCGUUAUUACUGCAGUUGAAAGUGUUUUGAUUUCAGAUAUGUCCGACAGCUGAAACAAUAAGAUCGAACGAGUUUCAGUGAUAUAGUCAGUUUAUGGUAGUUUUGAUCAAUAGAGUCAUUUGCACUUUGGAUAUCCAUGUUAUGAGCACAUAAAAACGCAUUUAAAAAUGGCACACAGACCACUUUUAAAGUCAUGUAUCUGCUUUUUGUUUUUUUUCUAACCUUACAGUGACACUUACUUUUACAUAAAGAUUCUUUUUAUUCCUGUCCUUUUUCAUUUGUUGUAAUUAAUCUUGUUUUUUAAUCACCGUUUCUCAAAAGAGCCGCAUUUAUAACCCAAAAGAAGCUGAAAUGAAAUACUGUAGUCGUGUAUUGCAGGAGUGUGCAUGUCUUUGUCUGCCAUGUUUCUGUUUUAUUUUCUCUCUUUUUUUUUGCUGUUAACACUAUCUGUGGUGCAUUUUGAUUUUUUUUUACUUCUGCGAAAAACUACAAAAAAAUCUAUUUCAUUGUGACAGCUUUGAUGCUGGUGAGUCAGAGUUGGCAAACAUACCUUUAAAAUGAAAAUUAAGGUGAUGACAGUAUGAACUUACUGUAAGACUGUUUAUAAAAGAGACGGCUAAAUGCUUCAUGUUUAGUUUUGUUUUUGUGAAGUCUUAAUAAAUUCUCACUGACCGAUCUGCAGUUUUUCGUUUGAUUGUUUUGUGCACAUGCUCAGUAGUCAUAGUGAAUUAUCCAUAACUGGUUUAUGAGGUCAUAGUAUUCUGUCGACUUGUGUUUACUGUCGAAGCCAAGAAAACCCCUUUGGUGUGUUUGAGAAAGUCUUUCUAGGAAAAAUCGGUGUGUGUGUGUGUGUGUGUGUGUGUGUGAGAAAGAGAGGAAAAAAGAGGGAAGGUGGGUGCACGGGGGGAAGGGCAUGAAAGUGUGUGAGUCUAAGAGUGUAAGUGAGAGAAACCAUGCGUGUGUAAUAAAAGAGAUUAAAAGUGUGUGUGUGUCUCUGCAGGUUUCAGAUAUUUCCCUGUGUGUGUGUGUGUUAAAUAGAGUAAGUGCACAUCUCUUUGUGUGUGUACCUGACCCUGUUAGAGAGUGUGUGUAUGGAUGUACAUAUAUACAUACACACAUUGUUGUUUAUGCUGAGUCGACCAUUUCAUUGCCUUGAUGAAGUACACAGGCUGCCAGACACACUCUCCUGUCGGCAUUGGUGAAACGUCCUCCUCCCUGCCUCCAUUUGAGAUUUUUUCACCAAAAAAGGAAAUGGAAAACUCGUAGCUGCAUGGGGGAGGGAGGGAGGAAGAGAGGGGGUGACUAGUGGUGGAAGUGGGAGAGAAAAGAGUGUGGGAGAGAGAGAGAGAGAGAGAGAAAGAGAGAGAGGAUGUUCACAUCUGGAGUUGCUCCAUGGCACUUUCACUGGGGGGUCAGCUCCACACACGGCCCCCUCUGGAUUUAUUGGAAAGAGGAGGCGGGUGGAGAGGUGACGGCUAACAGGAAGGGUCAGAGGAAGAGCUGAGGAGAUGUUAACUGUAUCACAUGAUACAUAUCCUGUACAUAUAACUUUACCAGCUACUUCAAAUGGGGAUAAAAAUGUCUUCUCACUCCUCCUCGUGUUUGCAGCUUUUUUCUUAACAGACUAAAAGGACGUGUUAGAAAAGUGUGUCCUUUUACAUAUAUUGUGUAUAUGUGGCCAUUUACACUCUUACAAGAAGCUGGUCAUCAUUACCCCCCAAACUUUUAGGCUUACAACUUUGCUGUUUGGUACAAACAUGUGUCUAAAACAUCAAAUUCAAGAACAAACGCUGUCUAGUAUUUAGACUCUGAGCAUGACAUCUACAACAAUAAUAUCAGCAGUGGAUCACUGAGAUAUAUCAGACUGUCUGCCAGUGAUAUCAUUUACAACUUUAACCAGAUAGAGAGUUGAGAGUGGUUUACACGCUAAAUAUAGCUCAGUUUAUUUAAUUCAAAAAUGCAAUUGUGAAUGUUUGUACUUAAAGUAUCUGAAACUGUAUUUGUUUUCCUUUUUUUUUUAGUGAAGAUGAACGUAACUCCUAAAGGAUACUUAGCUUCAUAGCCAACGCUAGCUUAGCUUGGCAUGCAUGGUAAAAUUCGGCACAUCUUUGCAAAGUACAUAAUUUUAUUUAUUUAAAAUAAUUCAUAAAAACCUGCAGGAUGUGCUUGAUAGUUUGGCAUCAAAUCAUUUGCAGCCUUUAUUUUAUGAAUCUGUUAUGGAUUUACCUAAUGAUUAUUGUAGCCACAGAAAAUCACAGCUGUGAUACCAUCGUGAUAUUUUGGAGAAUUACAAAUUAAACUACAUAAUCAGUUAAACUAAAGAAAGGCAAGACAAAGCAACAUAUCACCUCCUCAAUCCACAUUACCAGCCUUGUAUCUGAAACAUGUUUGGAGAGGACAUCACCCACUAAAUGAUUGAUUUUCAAGCUUUUAUUUUGAAAAAUUUGUCUGUUCUUAUGUUCAGGUUCCUUGAUUUCCCUCAUGGUAAAUCUAUGCUUUUAUUUUGAAGUUCUAAAUACUUCCUGCAGAUUGUAAGUUCAAAUGAAAGGUCAGGAAGUUCGAUUAAUUGAUAACCUAAUGGGACACUAGCUCUAGUGUUGUUUUGUGUCUAAUAAUCUUGGCGUACAGGAGAGCUGUUACAGGCUAGCUCGCUGGAAUGGCUGCUUAUGUGAGACUCUUGGUUAGGCUGGCGGCCUAGUGGACCAUGCGUCUUUCCCAGGCCUGCUGGGAUAGACUCUUAGCCCACCUUCACCCCUCAACCCCCAAAUAUCAGUGCAACCUAACC